CUCUCUCUCUCUCUCUCUCUCUCUCUCUCUCCUUUUCCCACCCCCGUCUCCUCCUCUUCCCCCCUAAUCCCUCUCUAACCAAUUCGAUACCUCGCGCUAGGGUUUCCUCAACACCAGGUGCACUUUUCCCCUCCCCUUCCCCCCCUACUCCGCCCCGUCGCGUCGCGAUCAUCGAAUUGGAGCUGGAAGAGGGGGGUUAGAGCUCGGGGGCAUGGCGAUGCACGAGAGGAAGACGAUCGACCUAGAGCAGGGAUGGGAGUUCAUGCAGAAGGGGAUCACCAAGCUGAAGAACAUCUUGGAAGGGCUCCCCGAGCCGCAGUUCAGCUCCGAAGAUUAUAUGAUGCUCUACACGACUAUAUACAAUAUGUGCACUCAGAAGCCUCCUCACGAUUACUCGCAGCAGCUCUACGACAAGUACAGAGAGUCGUUCGAAGAGUAUAUCACUUCAACUGUACUGCCUUCGCUGAGAGAGAAGCAUGACGAAUUUAUGCUGAGAGAACUAGUAAAAAGGUGGUCAAAUCAUAAAGUUAUGGUCCGGUGGCUUUCCCGGUUUUUCCAUUAUCUUGAUCGGUACUUUGUUGCACGGAGAUCACUUCCUCCACUUAAUGACGUUGGGCUCACAUGUUUCCGUGAGUUGGUCUACCAAGAGAUCAAAGGAAAAGUAAAAGAUGCAGUUAUUUCCUUGAUUGAUCAAGAGCGUGAGGGCGAACAGAUUGACAGAGCCUUGUUAAAGAAUGUCCUGGAUAUAUUUGUUGAAAUUGGGCUGGGGAGCAUGGAAUGCUAUGAAAAUGACUUUGAAGAGUUCUUACUUAAGGAUACUGCAUCAUACUAUUCUAGAAAGGCCUCCAACUGGAUAUUGGAGGACUCAUGUCCAGACUACAUGCUGAAGGCAGAAGAGUGCUUGAAGAGGGAGAAGGAUAGAGUUUCGCAUUACCUGCAUUCUAGUAGUGAACAGAAACUGUUGGAGAAAGUGCAACAUGAGUUACUAUUUGUAUAUGCUAGCCAACUUCUGGAGAAAGAACAUUCUGGAUGCCAUGCUUUGCUUCGAGAUGACAAGGUAGAUGAUCUAUCAAGAAUGUAUAGGCUCUUCUCCAGGAUAAACCGUGGCUUGGAUCCCGUUUCUCAGAUUUUUAAGCAGCAUGUAACUGCUGAGGGUACAGCUUUAGUCAAACAAGCAGAAGAUGCUGCCAGCAAUAAGAAGGCAGAGAAAAAAGAUAUUGUUGGUUUGCAAGAACAGGUUUUUGUUAGAAAAAUCAUAGAGCUGCACGACAAGUACCUGGCAUAUGUAAAUGACUGCUUCCAGAAUCACUCUCUUUUCCAUAAGGCUCUCAAAGAGGCAUUCGAGGUGUUCUGCAACAAGGGUGUUGCAGGUAGUUCAAGUGCUGAAUUGCUGGCUACUUUUUGUGAUAAUAUACUGAAGAAAGGUGGGAGCGAAAAGCUAAGUGAUGAAGCUAUCGAAGAGACUCUCGAGAAGGUAGUAAAGUUGCUCGCUUAUAUUAGCGAUAAGGACCUUUUUGCUGAGUUUUACAGGAAAAAGCUUGCGAGGAGAUUGCUCUUUGAUAAAAGUGCUAAUGAUGAUCAUGAGAGGAGUAUUUUAACAAAGCUAAAGCAGCAAUGCGGAGGGCAAUUCACCUCCAAGAUGGAGGGCAUGGUGACUGAUCUUACACUUGCAAGAGAAAAUCAGACAAGCUUUGAGGAAUAUCUAAACUCUAAUACUCAUGCAAGUCCUGGAAUAGAUUUAACGGUGACAGUUUUGACAACUGGAUUCUGGCCGAGUUACAAAUCCUUUGAUCUCAAUCUCCCUGCUGAGAUGGUUAGAUGUGUAGAGGUAUUUAAAGAGUUCUACCAAACAAAAACCAAACAUAGGAAGCUUACUUGGAUAUACUCAUUAGGCACCUGCAAUAUCAUUGGCAAGUUUGAGCCCAAAACAAUCGAGUUGAUUGUGACUACUUACCAGGCCUCAGCUUUGCUUCUAUUUAAUGCUUCAGAUAGAUUGAGUUAUUCUGAGAUUAUGGCACAACUAAACUUGACAGAUGAUGAUGUAAUUCGCUUGCUACACUCACUUUCUUGUGCCAAAUACAAGAUUCUUAAUAAAGAACCAAAUACCAAAACCAUAUCUCCAACGGAUGUUUUCGAGUUCAAUUCCAAAUUCACUGACAAAAUGCGAAGAAUCAAGAUACCUCUCCCACCCGUUGAUGAGAAGAAAAAGGUAGUUGAGGAUGUUGAUAAGGACCGUAGAUAUGCUAUUGAUGCCUCAAUUGUACGUAUUAUGAAGAGUCGUAAAGUUUUAGGUCAUCAACAGCUGGUGAUGGAAUGUGUUGAACAGCUUGGUCGCAUGUUCAAGCCCGACUUCAAGGCAAUAAAAAAGAGGAUCGAAGAUCUUAUCACCCGAGAUUAUUUGGAGAGGGACAAGGACAAUCCCAAUGUGUACAGAUACUUGGCUUGAGCGGCACGAAGCUCACAAGAAUACAAUUAGAAGCUUUGCUUUUCUGAAGGGCUUAAGCAUAAGUACUUCUAUCGAUCGUUUGGUUUCAUCGGUUUGUGGAACGGCUUAUUCGUCCGUGCUUCUUCUAUACUCGCUGGAGAUUUAUAACAACUUCAGCGAAGGAAGCCGUAAUCCUUUUGCUGUUAAUCUGAGGCCAGGUUUGACAUUAUGCCACUGUCGCAAUCUCAUGAAUCUCGCGCAUUGGAUAGAGAAGCAUCCGGAAAACAUUAGCCGCUCCAUUUUGUCAUUCGGAUGCUCUUCGGCAUCAUGAUUGUUAUCCAUUAAUAUGCUUUUCUCGUAUUAUCUUCGCCUUUUGCCUCUCUGCUUUAUUCGGUUGUUGCUCUUUCGUCUUAUUCUCUCUAUACGUAAUGCUUAUGCUGGUCUCUUGCUGGUCUCUUGUAAGAAUUCUAGUAAACCUGCUUUUACAGAACAAACAUUCUAAUGUUGUGUAAUCGUGUUUCCAAUUUCUCUCUACUGAUUCUGACGCUGAGGCCCCGUUUGGACAGCAGGAUGAGAUAUCGAAUGGCAACUUAUUCCGCAUUUAGUUUUUUUUU